UCGGCCGGUGUCCCCCGCCCCGCUGGGCGCCUCAGCGCGCGGUCUUGGGCUGAGGGCUCCGUGUGGCCGCUCCGGGGUCUGCUGCGGAAGGCCGCGCGGGGAAGCGCAUUGGUGCAAGCAGAUGAGAAGCCCAGGUUACCAUGAACUUUGCUGAUGUAGCCUUAUAUUUCUCAGAGCAAGAAUGGGAGAUCCUGGAGGAGUGGCAGAAGAAAAUGUACCAGCAAGUGAUGAAGGCCAAUUAUGAGACCCUUGAUUUCCUGGGCUGCGCUUCUUCUAAGCCAGAGUUGAUCAUCUGGAUGGAACAAGGGAGAACGCUAUUAAUCAGUGAUCAGAAGUGUUGCAACAAAACAAGGACAGUUAGCCCUUCUGCUGAUGAACUGUUGGACUCGAAGAAAACAGAUAACCAGGGGACUCUCAGGACAAAAGAGCAAGAAAGCCAUUUAAAUGGUCUUCAGAAUCAGGACCUGUGUGCUACCUUAUCAGAAAGGGCCACCUUACAAUCUCCAAGCCUCCAAGAAAAAGAAUUUCCAAAUAAAAUGCUCGAAGUCCCAGAGUCUAAUCAUGACAAGAAAGAUCCAAGGCAUAAGCCUCUGAAUGUCCCACUAGACAUGGAAAUUCCUCCAGGGCCAAGAUUGUAUUCCUGCUUUGUCUGCGGGAAAGCCUUCCAGAUAAAGAACGCCUUGGUAAAGCACAUUGGUAGGCACUCCAGGAACGCUAAAAGAACCUCUCAAAGUCCAGAAUACAAAAACAAAUCCAGAGGGAAAUCGGAACUGGCGUGGACCCGGAUGUUCGGCUGUAAGCAGCGGUUCCAGUGCAGUGAGUGCGAGAAGAGCUUCCACCUGAGGUGCAGCCUCAUCAGUCACCAGCUGGUCCACAGUGGGCAGCGGCCCUUCGCGUGCCCCGAGUGUGGCAAGACCUUCCGCUACAAGGCCAACUUGAAGAAGCACCUGUGUUUGCACAAAGGUGAGCGGCCCUUUCGCUGUGGGGACUGCGGCCAGGGCUUCGUCCAGCAGUGCCAGCUCACGGAGCACCGCCGGCUGCACAGUGGGGAGGGGCCUUUCCCGUGUCCCCAGUGCGGCCGGGGCUUCCGCCUGCGGAGAAGCCUGCAGGCGCACCUUUGCCAGCACGGCGGCCAGAAGCCCUUCGGCUGCCUCGAGUGCGGCAGGGCCUUUGCCCGGAAGGCCGCCCUGCAGGCCCACCAGAGGACGCACGGCGGGGAGAAGCCGUUCUCCUGCGAGGCCUGCGGGAGGAAGUUCGUGCACAAGACCAAGCUCGCCGAGCACGUGCGGGUCCACACGGGCGAGAAGCCCUUCUCGUGCCCCGAGUGCAAGAAGAGCUUCCGCCUGAAGAGGAGCCUGAAAGCCCACGGACUCCAGCACCGGGGGCAGAAGCCCUUCCAGUGUCCCGAGUGCGGCCGGAGCUUCUUCUGGAGGAACGCCAUGAGGGCCCACCAGCGCCUGCACAGCGAGGAGAAGCCCUUCUCCUGCGCCGAGUGCGGCAAGAGGUUCACCCGGCCCUCCAAGCUGGCGCGCCACGCGGGGGUGCACGCCAGGCAGCGGGAGUUCACCUGCGGCCAGUGCAGGAAGACCUUCCCGCUGCGCUCCAGGCUCACGCAGCACCUCAAGAGCCACAGCGCCGAGAAGCCGUUCUCCUGCGCGGACUGUGGCCGCGGCUUCCGCCGCCGCUCGCACCUCAGCGAGCACGCCAGGGUUCACGGUGGACAGGAGCCCUUCCAGUGUCCUGAGUGCGACAAGUGCUUCUUCUGGAAGGCCUCCAUGCGGUUCCACCAGCGCAUACACAGGGACGAGCGGCCCUACGCCUGCAGCCAGUGCAGCAAGACCUACGCUCAGCAGUCCCAGCUCACGGAACACCUGCGGGUCCACAGCGGGGAGAAGCCCUACCAGUGUCCCCAGUGUGACCGGAGUUUCCGUCUGAAAGGAAAUUUGAAGAGCCACCUUCUCCAGCACAGUGGCACGAAGCCAUUCUCGUGCAUGAAGUGUGGCAAAAGCUUCACACAGCAGUACCGGCUCACGGAACACACACGUGUGCACAGCGGGGAGAAGCCCUUCCAGUGUCCCGAGUGUGACAAGAGCUACUGCAUCCGGGGAAGUUUGAAGGUCCAUCUGCACACGCACAGGAGAGAGAAGCCCUUCCGGUGUCCCCAGUGUGGCCAGGGCUUCCUCCAGAGGAGAAGUUUGAAGACCCAUCUGCAUCAUCACAACCAAGAAAGGCCCUUUUCUUGUGAGGAGUGUGGAAGGAGCUUCACGUACAUGGGGGCACUCAACACCCACAUUGCCAUGCACGCCAGGGAAAAGCCCCCCAUUCUCUAGGGCAGACCACACAACCCUUGGUGACAGCUCAGUUGUCUCUAGUUUGGCAGAGCAAAGUUCACAGAUUGGCUAUAGGCACCCUGGCCAGAUGCAUAGUCAGCAGGACCUCAUGGCUUUUGGACAAAAAUUCCAGAUAAUCUAGGCAAAGAGAGAAAGAUUGCCAGUCAUGGCAGAACAGGUCAUGGACAUGGAACCCAGGGCCUGCAUGCUAGGCAAGCACUCUACCACUGAGCUACAUUCCAGUCCUAAGAAACAUGUUAUACCAAUCUGCUACUUCAGCAGCUUCUGUGUCACCCAAGUGGUUUCCUUCAUUUUUAGAAACCAGCUUUUCUGUUGCUGGGCCUCCAUAUUUAAAUUCUCAUUGAAAUGUUCAGUUUUCUCUCUUAGUAAAUUUUCAUUUUCUCUCAAAUGAUUGAGGGGUAUCUGUUUCUUUGGAGGCAUGGGGUUCUCUGUAUUGCUAAAAUAAAUGCCAUUGUUCACCAUCCCGUGUGAGGCUUAUGUUUUACCCCCACUUAUGUAUAACCCACGUUCCAGUGUUCCUUCUGGAGUGAUUUAAAUCAUCCAAAAAUCCAUCAUUGUGAGCAAUAAGCAUUAUUACUAGUCUAACUACUCUGCCUUUUCAACAGUUAUGUUGAUUCUUAAUGAAAUUUGCUUAAUUGUCUCUGAGGUAAAUACCAAAGGAAAAUUUUUGUCAGUCCCUGUGAUCAUUCCAGUUUUUGCUCUGCAGCUUAAUCUUUUACUGUAAGUUAAUUUCCCUAUGCCAUUCUAGCAAACUUUCACAAAUAUAUGGGACUCUCAAAUCUCUUAACAUUAUUCCUAAGAAAACUUACAACUUUCCUUCCUUAGGAAAUCACAAAAUGUGGUUCCUUAAUUAGAAUCAGAAUCAGCCGGGAACGGUAUUACAAGACUCAGUGUCUAACCAAAGAGAAAACCAAUCUGUGGUUGCUACAGCCCUUUGGGUGCAAGCCUCUUGAGCUGAUCGUGACUUUUUGCAAAAAUAAAAAAUACAUUAACUGGGGUUAGGAGUGUUGCUCAUUGGUAGAACCCUUGCCUAGCAUGUGUGAGGCCCUGGGUUCUGUCCCCUCCACAAAAACAAACAAACAAAAACCAUGACAGGGCACAUGUGGACCGGAAUUCAGCAUUCAUUUACCUUUUCAAUGUUCCUUUUGUGAGGUUGGGCCCCACAAAUCCCUGGGGUGAUUGUAGGGCUACCUCUUGGAAAAGGAUUGGCUUCUGAAGCAUUAGCCACAAUUGCAUGAAGGGUUAAAACUCCAAUUGAGCUGGAAUUUUCCUGAUCCUAAAUGUGUAGUUCUCAUUUAACAAUGGGCCUCUCAUUUGUCCCACUUUACAAGUGAUUAGAUCAAACCAGGUCCAAAACAACUUGAUGUCUCCAUGAACUGAGCUCUCAUCACUAAGGACUACAGACAUCUGGCAACUGUCUUUUCAAGAAAUAGAAUCCUUGGCAGCAUAGUGGUUCAUAGGUCACAAAACUAAUUCUAUCAGUUCUACUCAAGCAGAACUAAAGCUGUCACAUUUUCAAAGGUAUAUAUAAGAAGGACAUCCUAUUUGGUUGCUCUGUGGGCUCCAAAGUCCUUUAUUAUCUUGGCAUCGUACAAAUUCUGGUACUUUUUAAGUCAUCCUGAUGAUGAGGCUGAAAUAUGAGUAUGGGCUAUUUUCUCUGUUACUCCAAUAUGCCCAUCAGUUUCUGUGUCUCCUUUCUGGUGGUGAAGGCUUCAGCAACAAAACCAUACUCUUGCAGGUAUAAAACCUGUAAGAAGAUAACCUUGAGUACAUUGGUAUAACUGCUUCUGAAUCACUGGUCAACAUGUGAUUGAUAUGACAAUUAGCUUCACACAUUAUGAUCACCAGAAGAAAACAAGAACUUCUGUAGGAGAACAAUGACAAUGAAUAAAUAAAUUCACAUUCCUGCCAGGUGAAAAAAAUCAGUAGUCAAGACGAAACAGUAUUGAAAAGAACACACUUAUCAGUCAAAAGGGUGUUUUAAAAAAUGCAUUUAUAAGAUUAACAACCACAUACAAUAAAGGGAUGAUAUAGAAGGACUUUCCAAAAAAAAAAAAAAAAAUA